AUGAGAUCGUUCCCUGGAAGCGCUUCCUUCAGUCUGACUCAGUAUGAAGUUGAGAAUUCGACAGCAGUCAAGCGGAUUAUGUUGAAACGGUCAACGGCUGAGACAGAAGCUUCGGUCGGCGACCCACAGGCACAGCACAGCAGAUUGAGCAAGAGGUUUGCAGCAUUGUCGAGGAGAGCAACCCUGGUUGCUUUGGCUCCUGGCACAGGCAAAUCUACCCUGACCGCCCUGCUGAACGAAGCACUUAGGAGAAAAGUGGACCCAAAGCAGUUCGUCGAGUAUCAUUUAGACAGACUGCCCAAGUCGGUUCACUAUAAUGCGGAGGCGUUGAGAGAGUUCCUAGGAUUCCCGGCUCCUGAGUUUGUGUAUUUUGCGGAUGCUGAUUCUGUCUUUGAUUCGCCCGACACAUACUGGAGAAGCCGUGCAGAGAAUUACACGAGGAUCACAGAGCAGACCGGGUACAGGCCCCCCCCGGGAGCUUAUGAGGAACUCAUCUUGGAUUUCUGGGAGCAGGCACAGGCUUCGCAGCUUCCGCAGGUCCUGCUUUGCAAUGACUAUGGAGACGAAGAAGCCCCGUGGUUUACGCUGCGAGCAAAGCUGCCAUUGAAAGAAGCAGAACGUCGAUGGAGAGGCAGAGUGCCGGCAGACAUGCCCGACGAGCAAGCGAAGCCUAAGAUUGAUCGCUGGCGCCGGGCAUGGCACGAUCUGCCAGCAGAUGUCCUACACUUUUCCGACAUUGUAGAGACUUUGGUUCGCAUAGUGCUGACGGCAUACCCGAAGCUUUAA